AUGUUGUUGCCAAUACCAGAAAGGAUAGACAUAGAAGAAGGUUUACAUAUCUGUAAUGCCAGUAAUAAUAUUACUGAAACAGCUCUUGUUGCUUUAACAAAGUUGAAAAAUUUAGAAAUUCUAAGAGUUAGUAAUAUUUCCGACAGCUUCAUUAUCAGGUUGAAAGUAUUUAAUUGUGCUGGUUGUAAGAAUCUUACUGAUACUGGUAUUAUUCAAUUUAUAAAAAAUAACCCAGAUCUUGAAAAUAUCUAUGCCAACGAUAUAAAUAAUAUUACAAUUGCCUUGGUUAUUGGUGCUGAUCAGGCAACUAAAAAUCGUACAAAUGGCAUAAUUUUACGUUUACAAAUAUCUAAUAAAUCAAUAAUUGAAGCUUCUAAGUCAACAAUUAAAUCUCAAUGCAUUGUAAAUAAUACUGCUUUAAAAAAGUUAACAGAGUUGGAAAAUCUUGAAUGUUUAAUAUUGAAUAGUGAGGCUGAACUUCAUGAGGAAUCAAUAACUGUAAUUUCAAACAAUUGUAAAAAACUUAAGCAUUUAGAAAUUCCUUAUUGUCCCAUAUCAUCAUAUUAUGAUGGUAAUCCACUGUCUUCUCUAACUGUUUAUGUUGAAUUAUCAAAAUUGCAAUAUCUUGAAUAUCUAAACUUGAGUCAUAGAAAAAAUCUUAGCGAUAGUACAAUUAUUGCUAUCGCUAAUAAUUGUAAGAACCUAAAAAAAUUAGAUAUCCAAAGUUGCACGGGUCUUACUGAAACAGCUCUUGUUGCUUUAACAAACUUGGAAAAUUUACAAAAACUAGAUGUAAGUUUUCUUGAUGUAAUAACAGACAGUUUCGUUAUUAAAUUAAAAGGAUUGAAAGCAUUGCGUUGCGAAGGUUGCCAAAAACUUACUGAUGAUGGUAUUAUUCAAUUUAUAGAAAAUAAUCCACAUCUUGAAUUUCUUGAUGUCUGCUCUAUUUGUAUAGAUAUUACAAUGAAUAUUGUUAUUGCUGCUAAUAGCGCAAAUAAAAAUCGUACAAAUGUUAAUAGUCUUCCAGAAGAAAUUAAUGAAAUUCAUUUAUUCUUCGAACGUCGUCCGAUUCGAAAAUCAAAUAUUCCCAUGACUAUUCAAAGAUUCAGAAGUCUUCAAAAAUUAACAUUAGCUGGCUUCUGUCUAGACAACAUUAUUCUUAAAGAAAUAGCAGACAUUACAACACUUGUUCAUCUUAACAUUGAACUAAGUAGAGAUAUACACGAAAACUUUUUUCCAUUUACUAAACUCGUUAAUUUGGAGUAUAUUGUCUUAAAUAUGGCUGAAAUUCCUCGCAAAAACUGGAUAAACUUUAAAAACUUGGAAUAUCUUAGUAUUUGUUGUGAAAUAAUGCCAGACUUAGCAAAUACAAUUGUUGAAUACUGCAAGAAUUUGUCAAAUUUGAGAAUACAUUUUCCUCAGCACGUUAAUAGUACUGCUUUAAAAAAGUUGACAGAGUUGAAAAAUCUUGAAUGUUUAAUGCUUGGUCCAGGCAAGCUCCAUGAGGAAUCAAUAAUAGCAAUUUUAAACAAUUGUAAAAAACUUAAACGUUUAGAAUUUCCUGGUUGCGUUAUAGUACCAUCUAUUAAUGGUAACUCAUUUUCCUCUCCAUCUGUUCUUGAUGAGUUUUCAAAAUUACAAUGCCUUGAACAUCUAAACUUGGAAUGGGCACAAAAUCUUAACGAUAGUACAAUUACUGCUAUUGCUAAUAAUUGUAAGAACCUAAACAGUUUAGACGUCUCAGUUUGCUUAGGUCUUACUGAAACAGCUCUCGUUGCUAUCACAAACUUGGAAAAUUUACAAAAACUACACGUAACGUGUCUUAAUACAAUUACAGACAGCUUCCUUAUCAAAUUGAAAGGAUUAAAAGAAUUAAAUUGUCAUAGUUGCCUGAAUUCUACUAGUGUUGGUAUUAUUCAAUUUAUAAAAAAUAAUCCAGAUCUUGAAUUGAUUAUCGUCAGGGGUAUAAAGAAUAUUACAAUUGAUAUGGUUAUUGCUGCUGAUCAGGCAACUAAAAAUCGUACAAAUGACAUUGAAGGAGAUAAUGAAGACAAGAAAAACUGUACAAAAGUACUCAACACUAUUUUUUGUAAAUGCAAAAAUCUAAAACAUCUUAAUAUUCCAAAUGACUUUUAUGAUCUUGCUGAAAUUUCUUUUGAAAAAUGGGAAAACUUUAAAAAUUUAGAAUAUCUUAAUUUAUCUUGUUCUGAAGUAUUACCUGACUUGGCAGAUACAAUUGUUAAAUAUUGCAAGAAUUUAAAACACUUGUACAUGAACUCUACAUGCGAUUUUAGAGAGACAUAUGUUGUAAAAAAGUUAACAAAAUUGGAAAAUCUUGAAAGAUUAGCUAUUAGCCAUGAAAGCCUCAGUGAGGAAGAAAUAAUCGCAAUUUCAAACAAUUGUAAAAAACUUAAACAUUUAGAACUUGUUUCUAUCGAAGUAUCAACAGGUAUUGAUAAUGAUGACGAACUUUCUUCUCCAUCUGUUUUCAAAGAGUUAUCAAAAUUACAAUAUCUGGAACAUUUAAGCUUGAGUUAUACAGAUAAUAUUGAAGAUAGUACAAUUAUUGCUAUUGCUAAUAAUUGUAAAAACCUGAAAUAUUUAGAUGUCAUUGGUACCAGUGAUGAUAUUACUGAAACAGCUCUCUUAGCUUUAACAAAGUUGAAAAAUUUAGAAAUACUAAAAGUAGGCCCUCAUCUUGAAUAUAUUUUUGCCUACGAUAUGGAUAACAUUACAAUUGACUUGGUUAUUGGUGCUGAUCAGGCAACUAAAAAUCGUACAAAUGGCAUAAUUUUACGUUUACAAAUACCUAAUAAGUCAAUAAUUGAAGCUUCUAAAUCAAUAAUUAAAUCUCAAUGGUUGGUUGUUGGAACAUAG